AUGCCCAAGGCAACAUCCUCUCGCUCCGCCGCCGGCCGCCGGCACAAUCCUCUAGCUGAGGAUUAUAUGACUGCUGGUCAUCUAAGAACUCAAUCGGCCAAAAAGUCCAGUCGCAAGUCUCGUCAGGAAGAUGAGCAAGAAGAUGGGGAGCGCUUCGUUGAUGCGAAGAUGUCCCGGAAGAUCCUGCAAAUCGGACAGGAACUGGCUGAUGAGGAUGCUGAAGAACAAAGAGCCACAGCAGGCGCCGCUGCUGAUAAGACGAACGCAGCCUUUGAUUUUGAGUCUCGCCUGGAAGGCGAUGAGGCCUUUUCCGAUGACGAAAAAUUCCAAGACGACCAAUGGGACGACGAUGAGGAAAUUGAGGAAGUCGAGGUUGACCCCGAUGACCUUGAUAUGUUCAACAAGUUCAUUCCUGCCGGCGACGAAGACCCGAUAUUUAACCCCAGUGGGCCCGAGGCCGAAGGUCAGACUAGGAACCUAGCCGAUCUCAUUCUGGAGAAGAUCGCGGAACAUGAAGCGAAGCAGGGCGGAGAGAGCGGCGGGCCCUUCAUUCAGGGUGGUGGAUUACCAGAAGAUGCUGUUCAAAUACCCGCGAAAGCGGUGGAGGUAUAUGAAAAGGUCGGCAUGAUACUUUCUCGCUACAAAUCUGGACCUCUUCCGAAGCCCUUCAAGAUCCUUCCUUCCGUGCCCAACUGGCCCACCCUUCUCGAUAUUACACGGCCGGAGUCUUGGACGGCCAAUGCUGUCUAUGCCGGUACCAGAAUUUUCAUUUCGUCGAAGCCAGCAGUCGCACAGGAGUUCAUCUCGACAGUGCUCCUUGACCGUGUCCGGGAGGAAAUUCAUGAAACCAAGAAGCUCAACGUCCACACCUACAAUGCGUUGAAGAAAGCGCUAUACAAGCCCGCCUGUUUCUUCAAGGGCCUGCUCUUCCCCUUGGUUUCGAGCGGAACCUGCACACUACGAGAAGCUCACAUUGUCUCUUCUGUCAUUGCACGUGUCUCUAUCCCGGUCUUGCACUCAGCUGCAGCAUUACUCCGCAUGUGUGAUCUCGCUGCUGAACAGUCGUUGCGCUCCCUGGAAAGUACUGGUGCAGUGAAUAUGUUCAUUCGCGUUUUUCUGGAGAAGAAGUAUGCGCUUCCCUACAAGGUGAUUGACGCCCUCGUUUUCCAUUUCCUGCGCUUCCGUGCUACCGACAAUGAUGCCAUGAUGACCGAUGGAUCCCGUGAAGCCAACAAGGUUUACAAGCUUCCUGUCCUUUGGCACCAGUCCCUGUUGGUGUUUGCGCAACGCUACCGCAAUGAUAUCACCGAGGAUCAGCGUGAGGCGCUUUUGGAUUUGCUUUUGGUUCGUGGACACAAGGAUAUCGGACCCGAGGUCAGGCGGGAAUUGCUUGCAGGCAGAGGACGGGGUGUGGUUGCACCGGAUCCGGAGAACCAAGGUGCUAUUGAUGCCGGUGAUGAUACGAUGGAUGUCACGUUAUAG